GUCACUCUAACGCGACGUUGUGUUGGAUCCACGUGUGAUGGAGUGGUGCUGAAGCUUGGCGCAUGAAUUCGGUAGAAUUAUUAGUCUUCAGAAAGAAGUGAGAAGGAGCAAUACUGCACAAGAAAGAAGAAUUUGGCAAGACACUUGUAUACCUUUCAGUCACAGACAUGAGUGAGAACGUGCAGCGACUGCUGAUUCAGUUCAAAGAUGAGAGUGGGGAGCUGCUGGCCUCUCCAUUUGAUGUUCCCAUUGACGUCACUCCAGACAAGCUACAGUUGGUCUGCAAUGCCCUGCUUCAGAAGGAGGAUCCCCUCCCUUUAGUGUUCUACGUCAAUGAGCAGGAGGUAGUAGGUUCCCUGGUACAAACACUGGAUAAGCAGAAAUUAGAGACCGAGAAGGUGCUUGAUAUUGUGUACCAGCCUCAAGCUAUAUUUAAGGUGAGGGCUGUGUCCCGUUGUACCAGUUCUCUGGAGGGGCACACUGAGGCUGUCAUUUCAGUGGCAUUCAGCCCUACUGGCAAGUACUUAGCCAGUGGCUCUGGAGACACAACCGUCCGUUUUUGGGAUCUGAGCACAGAAACUCCACAUUUCACAGCCAAAGGACACAAACACUGGGUCCUCUCAAUCACCUGGUCUCCAGAUGGAAAGAAACUGGCCUCAGGCUGCAAAAAUAGCCAGAUUUUUCUAUGGGACCCAAAUACAGGAAACCAAGUAGGCAGAGUACUAUCUGGACAUACAAAGUGGAUCACAUGGCUCUGUUGGGAGCCACUUCACACAAAUGCUGAAUGUCGCUACUUGGCCAGUGCUUCAAAGGACUGUACAGUGCGGAUUUGGGAUACAGUGUUGGGAAAAUGCGAAAAAAUCCUAACAGGACACACACAGUCAGUAACUUGUGUAAAGUGGGGAGGAGAUGGACUCCUUUAUUCCUCUUCUCAGGAUCGGACUAUAAAAGUGUGGAGGGCACAUGAUGGGGUGCUGUGUCGUACACUUCAAGGUCAUGCUCACUGGGUAAACACCAUGGCAUUAAACACGGAUUAUGUGUUGAGAACUGGAGCUUUUGAGCCUGCAGAAGCUACUGCCAACCCACAGGAGAUAAAAGGCUCUUUGGAAGACAUUAAAGAAAAGGCUUUACAGAGAUAUAACAAAGUCAGGGGUCAAGGUCCUGAACGACUUGUGUCUGGCUCAGAUGACUUCACUCUUUUCCUGUGGACGCCAGCUGUUGAAAAGAAGCCUGUCAAUCGCAUGACUGGACACCAGGCACUAAUCAAUGAGGUCCUCUUCUCACCAGACACGCGCCUUAUAGCCAGUGCCUCUUUUGACAAGUCAAUCAAGAUCUGGGAUGGUAAAACUGGAAAGUACCUGGCCUCCCUACGUGGGCAUGUCUCAGCAGUUUACCAGGUUUCCUGGUCCGCAGACAGCCGUCUCCUUGUCAGUGGCAGCAGUGAUAGUACUCUGAAAGUCUGGGAUAUCAAGAUGCAGAAACUGAUGGUGGAUCUUCCAGGACAUGCCGAUGAGGUGUUUGCAGUUGACUGGAGUCCUGAUGGCCAGAGAGUAGCAAGUGGUGGAAAGGACAAAUGUUUAAGAAUAUGGAGAUGGUAAUCUAAAAAUGGACACUAUGUACAUGGUAUCUGUUCUUGUGGGAGUAAUCUACCACAUGACAAGUCACCUAAAUGGAGUGCAUUGUGCAAAAUUGCAGCCAGGAUCACUCCGCUACAAUUUCUUUUGGUUCCACUGCACUGUCUUCCAGCUAGUGGAUACAAUAAAUGAUGACGACUACAGGGGAUACAGAAGAUGGCUGUCAUCAUAAAUACAUAACUGGUUCAGUGUACAAAAGACUGUGAAAUUACAGUAUACUGUUAGAGGUAAAAGUUUAGUGUACUGCUAAAUAUCUGCCAGUCUGUCCAUUCUACCACAGGAUUUGUGAAGUUACACCCAUGGAAUAUAAUAAGAUAAUGGAUGUCCUAAUUAUCUUAUCUUGCUAUAUACAAACUCCAAAACCUUAUCAUGACUCUUGGAAACAAGUGUUUAGCAAAAUUGGUUGAAGAUAUACAGUACACAGUGCACAGUUGUUGGCAGUUGUUUCUAUUAAGUCAAAAGUCCCCCUAGAAAGUAAUCAAACAAUGAAGCAGAGCUACUUAUUACAAUGUAGUGUACAUCUUUUGAUAUUGUGAGAAGUUGCUCUUAGAAAGGCACUUGUCGUUAGCUGUGAAUUUUGUUUUCCUGCACUAUGUCUAUGGCCCCGUUCCUCUUCCAUUUCUGCUUAUUUUCCUGUUUAACUGCACAGCACAAAAGGAAAUCGGUUUAAAUUUAAAUAAAAAAUAAUGCUUAUUCUUGUCCAACCAGUAGAUUACAGUGUUGAUCAGUUAUCAAAUUGCUACAUUAAAUAUAUUAUCUCAAUAAAGUACUUUGUAAUAAAAAUAAUAAUAAUAAUUGUAUUAUAUAGUAAACAUACAUUUUCUGCCUGGUUAACCCAAUUUGGGGUUAUGGUCUUGCCAGAGGCUAUCCUGGCACCAAAAAGGAAACCCCACUUAUGCCAGGUUCAAUUUAAAGUCACCAGAACCUAAAUCCAAUCAAUAUUUGGUGUGACAACCCUUUGCUUUCAAACCAGCAUCAAUUAGGUACACUUGCACAAAGUCAGGGAUUUUGUAGGAUUAUAGUCAGGUGAAUGAUUAACCAAUUAUACCAAGCAAGUGCUAAUGAUCAUCAUUUUUAUGUGUAGGUUGAAACACAGUCUUUAACUAAAACAGAAACAGCUGUGUAGGAGGCUUAAAACUGGAUGAGGAACAGCCAAACUCUGCUACCACCAUGGCAAGACUGAGCACAGUAACUAGACACAAGGCAGUUAAUACUACAUCAGCAAAGUCUCUUCCCAGCAAAGAUUUCGAAGCAGACUGGGGUUUCAAGAUGUGCUCUUUUGAAGAAACACAAAUAAAUGGGCAGUGUUGAGGACCAUAGAUGCGGUGGUCAGCCAAGGAAACUUAGUGCAGUAGAUGAAAGACAACAUCAUGCUUAAUUCCCUUCAAAAUCAGAAGAUGUCCAGCAGAGCCAACAGCUCAGAAAUGGCAGAAACCUGUGCAUGGUGCAGGUUCCUUGCAAGUUUGGAGCUGCAUUUCUGCUAGUGGAAUUCGGGAUUUGGUCAGGGUUAAUGGUGAGAAAUACAAGCAGACACUUAUCCAUCAUGCAGCAUCAUCUGAUUUAGUCUGCAGCAGGAUGAUGACCCCAAACAUAUAACUAAUGUCAUUAAGAACUAUCUUCAGCGUAAAGAAGAAUAAGGAGUCCUGGAAGUGAUGGCCCUGAUCCCAACAUCUUCGAGUGUGUCUGAGAUUACAUGAAGAGACAGAAAGAUUUGAGGCAACUUACAUCCACAGAAGGUCUGUGGUUAGUUCUCUAAGACUUGUGGAACAACCUACCUGUCAAGUUCCUUCAAAAACUGUGUGCAAGUCUAACUAGAAGAACUGAUGCUGUUUUAAUGGCAAAGGGUGGUCACACCAAAUACUGAUUUAGAUUUCUGUUUAUUCAUUUUGCAUUGUUAAUUGAUAAAAAUAAACUAUUAACACUUCUGUUUGUGUAAGUAUUAAAACUUUUGCACAGUACUAUAAUGGUGUAUUAGAGUUUACAUCAUGAAGGGCAUGUACUGUAUAUUGUGUUGUAUAUACCUUAUUGUAAAAGGUGUCCUGAUCUCCCAUCACUUUAAUUUCUUUCAGACGAACACCAGGGACUCCGAGCAGGCUAACACUUUUUACCCAAAGCAUUGUAGUGCAGAGCACAGGCAGGUAAUGUGACUUCCUCCGAGUCACAGUAUCUGUCAGAACCUGCGAUUAAAUCAUCAGUGUUGCGAUUUACCACAUGACAGGAGUACAUUACAAUCCCGCCAGUUGCUUUUUAGCCGCAACGACUUUUAUGGUGUAGCCAAGAAUGGUUCCCAAGCUUCCUUUUCUAGUGUGUAUCUGAGCUGGCAGGUCUGGCUGAUUUGCAAAUGGAUAGUAUUUUGCACCUUCUUCUUUUGUUUCUGGCAAAGUUACGACUAUCUUUAAAUUAGAGCUCAACAAUAGAAAUUUAUAAUAAUUAUAUAUCAGACAUAAAGAAGAUUUGAUUUAUUUUGUAUUUGUUGAAAGUGAUGUAUAUAUUUGGGCUUUGCUUUAUAUUCAUUUUCCAGUCCUGAUUUUGGUUAUUUAUCCCACAAUCUACCCACCUACUUCUUCUUGAAGGUCUCUGUAGUGGAUUCAGGCCCGUGACUCAUCCCAAGCAGGACACAAGUCUAUUACAGGAAUACACAAAUACACAAGUGUAACAGCAUGUCUGUGUGAGGAGGACUCGUGCACAUUUAACACUGAGGCAAUUUCACUCAAGCUCCCAGGUACAGAGCUAAUAUAUUGUCCUGUGUUUCUAACUUCUUCAGCUGUCUGUGUAAAAGGACCAAAUGCAAUUUCCUAACACUAAUAUACACAAAACUCUUUGGCCUGCAUACAUUGUAUUUGUCUUUAGAACACAGCUGAAGGAAGUCAAUAGUAAAAGUGUUGUAAUGAGAUCCAGGGCUGGUGUGGAGUUACGUUAGAGGGCCAGUCUUUUAAAUAAACUUGACAUAAAUGUAGUAGUGCUGUGUAGAUCCACUGUGCACACUUGCUUCAUUUUGGAAUGACAAUGUGCCCUUCACACUAAGCUGCCAACUUGCUAUAAUGAGAUGGCUGUAGCAACAAAAAGUCCCAUCAUCAAAGGGAACUGGUUUGCAAAUUCGGCUUACGCAUCCUCGCACCCCUCUUGUCUGAGCUGAUGAAAAGGAGCAGGAAUAGGGGGCAGACAAAGGGGCUUUCUACAAUGUGUUUGCAUGUUUUGUAAAUUAAAAAAAAAAUAGCAAGUUAACACUUUACUGGAAUUUUUAAACAAAUUCUAGAAUAUACAAUGCAAGCCGGGAUAUUGCAGACCAGAUGUUUUUAUUAAGAGUAAGGUUUCAGUUUGUAGGCUGAAUAACCAUUUCUGACCAGAGCAACCUUCUCAGAUGCAAAUCUGAGCACUUUUCUCUUGACUUAAUGGCUACCACUUAGGUAUAAAAUCAACAUGCAGAGGAGACAAUGUGAGGUGCUUUAUAUGAUUUACUGUAUAAUGGACACUGAAUGAUGGGAAUUUUGGUUUGAGGACAUGGAAUGGAUUCUCUGCCUUAUUUUUCUAAAAGAGUUUCAUUGUAUCCAUGUCAUUUGAGCUUUAUCUAAAUACACAAUGUGUGGUUUGACAGCCAUUACAUAAACUGGGCUGCUUAUGCUUUUUAUCUGAAGCUUCUGCAAAUUUCAUGCGCAUAGUACAGUUUUUAUCAGUAUGUGUUCAGCUGAGACUUUAGUAGUUUAAAUGGCUUGCUCAGGUCCACAUACACAUCACAUGUACACACGUAUUGUGUACAGUCUAACCUCUUAACCUGCUCCUCAGGUACUGUAUAUAAUGAGCUUAUUGCUGUGGAAGUAGUAAUAGAAAGGAAAGGAUCAUCAAAGGUAAUUUGUGUUUCUUCAGGGCAUUUUUUAAAGUCUCUGCUUAUAUACAAGGCUGCAUGUUUUCUUUUUGUAUGGUCACUGAUGUGUAAGUUAAACCGGCACACUAUAAGUGGGGGUGAGUCUGUGUAUUCUGCAACAACGAGCGUGUAACAUCCGUCCUGCUUCGCCUUCACUGGCCUCCUGCGUCUUAUUGGAUUAAACAUAAAACUCUAUUAAUAAUUUCUAAAGUUUUAAAUGGCCUCACACAAGAUUACAUUAGUGACCUUCUCCAUCACUAUACUCCUGUUCGGCCACUAAGGUCCUCUGAGUGUGGCAAUCUUCUUAUGCCCCAAACUAACCUGCACUCUAUAGGGGACAGGCCUUUCAGCUAUAUAGUGCCUUGACUUUGGAAUUAAACCCCCAAAGUUAAUUAGAUCAGUUGACUCAAUUCAUCUGUUCAGGAAGGGUUUAACUUACCUAACAUUCUGAUGCUUCUUUCAGUUUUCAGUAUUGUAUUUAGUAUUUUA